ACGUGUCCUCUUUUUCGUCUUUUCUAACCAAAUCAGAAAAAUCCCUAAAUUCACUGAACCCUCCUCCCAUAUCUUCUGAUUCUCCUCUGAUCCUCUCCAUCUCCUCUGCCUUUAUUAGUAACCCCUUUCUUUGUUCUCCUUUCAUAAGCUACUUGUCUUCCUCAUUUGCCUACUAAAGCUUCUUCUUCUGAUAAAGGGAUUUGGCUCACACAGCUUAAAGACCAUAAUAAUCAAAACAUGGACAAUUUCUCUAUGCAGCUUUGUUUCUAAACCGGAAUCACAUCAGCUCAGAAUCACCCUAUUUCUUUCUUCUCAUCAAAGCUUCCUCUUUUAUUAAGUCUCACCCAUUUGAGUUAACUCAUCAAAGAACUCGGCGACUUGUCUGCAUCCUCGGUUUCUGAAUCGUGAUCUGUCUCGAACUCGUCACCGAUCGUUUUGAUCAAGCUGCAUUGGCUAACCAAAAAAAAAAGCUCGUUGGUUCUAACUUAAAAAAAGAUCAGAUCUUUGUUCUAAUUUGUCUCACCGGUCUUCUAAAUCCGAAAUCAGAACCAAGGAAAGCCUCGUCAGAUGAUUCGCGAAAUCUCAAACUUAGAAAAAGAUAUCAAAGGCCGUUGCUCAAACAAUCUAGUGAUGGACUUGGGAAGAAACAAUCGUAAAAACGUGAGCUUUCGAAGUUCGCCGGAGAAAAGCAAGCAAGAGUUACGGCGGAGCUUCUCGUCGCAGAAAAGGCUGAUGAUCCCGGCGAAUUGUUUCAGUUUGGAGUCUCUGUUUCUGCUGGUGUGUCUCACGGCGUCUCUGUUAAUACUCCCGUUAGUUUUGCCGCCGUUACCUCCGCCUCCGUUUAUGCUGCUUUUGGUUCCGAUCGGGAUUAUGGUUUUACUCCUUGUUCUUGCCUUCAUGCCUUCUUCCGAUUCUAAUGCUUCUGCUCAUACUACUAGUAAUCGAGAUGUAACUUGCCGUUUUAUCUAAUUUUUAUUUCACAACUUCAAAAUUACAUAGUUAAACCAAUGCAAUAUGGAUGUAAAAUAAUUAAAGCUGAAAGGGCAAUAUACCACAAAUUCGAAA